AGAGUACAGCGGUGAAGGACAAAUCCCUGGCAGCUCCAGAUCCGACUCCAGGCCACGUUUUGUGCUCCGUGUUUAUAUCUGCCUGGAUCCCCAUCCCUUCUGGGGUCCUGCAUAAUCACGAUUAAGUAGGACCCAGCCAUAUCCAGUUGCAUGCAAUUAUCACCGCUCCGUCGCUCCCUCGGGGUGCCCCAGCUUGAGGGAGGCUAGCCUCCUUGCCUCGUGACCUUUGACAGCCGGGGAAUAACAAAUCAAAAGUCGGUGUGGGACCAGUCGGCAGCUGGGUUUCCUGCUCAUCCGCAUCUCCCGGAGGAGGAGGAAGGAGAGGAUGAGCGAAUCUGAAAGGAAAGCUGGUGGACAGCAGCGGUGACUCGGGCGCUGGCAGCGGCGGGAGCGGCGGCGAGAGCAGCGGCGGCGUCAGGCUCGGAGUGACCCCGGGAGCGGCGGCGGCAGCAGCGGCAGCAGCUAAAAGUCCCGCGCGGCGCCCACCGACCGGAGUCAGCACCAUGGACAGCUCAGGUGCCUCAUCUCCAGACAUGGAAUCCAAUUAUGGUGGAGGUCUGCUUGACAUGGUCAAAGGAGGUGCGGGACGACUCUUUAGCAACCUAAAGGACAACCUCAAAGACACCAUCAAGGACACGUCUUCCAAAGUCAUGCAGUCCGUUGCCAGUUAUACUAAGGGAGAACUAGACAUUUCCUACAUUACCUCCAGAAUCAUCGUGAUGUCCUUCCCCGCAGAAGGAGUUGAGCUAGGAUUCAGGAAUCAGAUCGAAGAUGUCCGAACCUUCUUGGAUUCCAGGCAUCCUGACCAUUACACAGUGUUCAAUCUGUCACCCAAAUCCUAUCGCAGUGCCAAGUUUCACAACAGGGUCUCCGAGUGCAGCUGGCCCAUGCGACAAGCCCCGAGCCUGCACAAUCUCUAUGCUGUGUGCAAGAACAUGCACAACUGGCUUCAGCAGAACCCCAAGAACGUUUGCGUCAUCCACUGCAUGGAUGGACGUGCCGCGUCGGCAGUUCUGGUUAGUGCAAUGUUUUGUUUCUGUCACCUCUUCUCUAAUCCAGUCCCUGCUAUUCAGUUGCUAAAUGCAAAGCGACCUGGAAUCGGACUUUGGCCGUCCCAUAGGAGAUACAUAGGAUAUAUUUGUGAUCUCAUAGCUGACAAACCCGUCAUUCCCCACUGCAAACCUCUCACAGUUAAGUCAGUCACUCUCAGUCCUGUCCCUUGUUUCAACAAACAGAGGAAUGGAUGCCGUCCAUUUUGUGACGUACUCAUUGGAGAAACCAAAAUAUUCACAACUUCCUUGGAUUAUGAAAGAAUGAAAGAAUUUCGGGUCCAGGAAGGGAAGGUUGUCAUUCCACUGGGGGUCACGGCUCACGGUGACGUGGUGGUGUCGGUUUACCACAUGAGAUCGACCAUCGGGGGACGGUUGCAGGCUAAAAUGACCAAUACUCAGAUAUUCCAGAUUCAGUUCCACACGGGAUUUGUACCCCUGGGCACAACAGUGUUGAAAUUCACCAAGCCUGAGCUGGACGCGUGUGACUCUCCAGAAAAAUACCCCCAGCUGUUCCAUGUGAUCUUGGAGAUCGAAAUUGAACCUAAUGACAGACAGACAGAUUUAACUCCCCCCUGGGAAAAUUUCUCCACAAAAGACAUUAGUCCCAGCAUCCUCUUCUCCUCUCACCAGGAGCAGCAGGACACUCUGGCCUCAGCAGGUAGAGCCUCGGCGGAUGUUUCUCAAGACAACCCAAAGCAUGCUGGUCAAGGGGCUUUCUUUUCAUCUCUCAACUGGCAAGAUCAGAAAUCUGACAAGGCCAGCAGCCACCCCACCUCCGAAGACCGGGCGGCCCUCGUUCACGAGGAGAGCGAACAAUCAGACGAUGAGCUCCUCUCUCUCUCAAGCCAGCACAGUAACGCCAGUGGGGACAAACCUCCUGCUGCAUCGAAACAUAAGAAGCCGCAGGAGGCGCCUCCCCCUCCGCCCCCUGAAGAUGUGGACCUUCUGGGGCUCGAGGGAAGUCCCAGCAAGACUUUCUCUUCACAGCCUAUGGCUCCCCCCACCAAUUCAGACUUGUUGAGUGACCUGUUUGGGGGCGGAGGCACAACAGCGCCCACUCAGGCUGGACCUCCAGGGGUGGAGGAUGUGUUCCAUCCGAGCGGCCCGGGAUCAGCCCACUCAACGCCCCGACGAUCCGCCGCUUCUGGCUCGCCGUCCCCCUCCUCGAGAGUGGGAGAAGCUGCAACCUUUGACCCAUUUGGAGCUCCUUCCAAACCAUCUGGUCCAGAUUUACUGGGUUCUUUUCUGAGCACAUCAAAUGCCGCUAGUGAUCCCUUUCUUCAGGCCAGAAGUCCUUCACCCACAGUUCAUAGCGACCCCUUUAAUUUAGCUUCCAGCACUCCCACUGUCUCCAUCCAGCCAGAUGUUUCAGGAGGUUGGGACUGGCCCAGUAAACCAGGUGGAUUUGGAAUGGGAAGCAAGUCUGCGGCCACCAGUCCCACGGGCUCGAUGCACAACACCCCAACGCAUCAGAACAAACCACAGUCUCUGGACCCGUUUGCUGACCUUGGCACACUUGGGGCAAAUUUAGCAGGUAGUUCUUCAUUUGCCAGCAAGCCCACCACGCCAACUGGGUUAGGUGGAGGAUUCCCCCCUCUUAGCUCACCACAGAAGCCAUCUCCCCAGCCAAUGGGUGGGGGAUGGCAGCAGGGGUCUGGCUACUCAUGGCAACAAACUCAAUCCAAGUCACAGCCCAGCAUGCCCCAUGCCUCUCCCCAGAACAGACCGAACUACAAUGUAAGCUUCUCAUCAAUGCCAAGUGGUCAGAACGACCGUGGAAAAGGACCUUCUAAUUUGGAGGGGAAAUCAAAAGCAGCUGAUUUUGAAGACCUUCUGUCCAGUCAAGGUUUCAAUGCUCACAAAGAUAAAAAGGGUCCCAGAACAAUCGCUGAAAUGAGAAAGGAAGAAAUGGCAAAAGAAAUGGACCCUGAGAAACUGAAGAUCCUGGAAUGGAUAGAAGGAAAGGAGAGGAACAUUAGGGCAUUGCUAUCCACCAUGCACACGGUGCUGUGGGCAGGGGAGACCAAAUGGAAGCCCGUGGGUAUGGCUGACCUGGUCACUCCUGAGCAGGUGAAGAAGGUCUACAGGCGGGCCGUGCUCGUGGUACAUCCAGACAAAGCUACUGGGCAGCCGUAUGAACAAUACGCCAAGAUGAUCUUCAUGGAGCUGAAUGAUGCCUGGUCAGAAUUUGAAAAUCAAGGCCAAAAGCCUUUGUAUUAAGCUGCUCUUUCCUCAGUCUCCACUACAGACCCAGGCUAAUGCUUCUUUCUCUUGUCCCGAUGGAGAUUUUCACAGAUGAACCCAAAUGAGAUAUCCCCCAACAGCAAACAGUUAAAUCCUCUGCCCGUCCCUUCCCUGAUGAAUAAAGAAAAAGGAGGCUAGGAUUCUAGAUGGUAUCACCGUAAACCUUCUCGAAUGUUAUUGGCGUGUGAGUGACAUUGGAGAUCCAAUGACCAUACUCUAUCGCCCUAUGAAAACUGAAGUCCUCUAUAUUGAACAGAGAGUUUUGAUGUAGGGGGAGGUGGUGGGGAAAGGAGAUGAUAUCUACCCAACCAGGUAUGACCUUCAUCUCUAUGCUCGAUAAUUAGGGAUAGAAUUUUUACACGUUAGGGAUAAGGAGCAAAUAUUGGGUAAGAUGGAAUAUUGGAUUUUGUCAGAGUUUGGUUUUUAGAUCGCCUCACAAAUUGUCUUCCAUAUCACUGGGUCAGACAGACUUAGAACAAAACAGUUUGGAUAUCUACUUCUGCCUAGAGCAUCAUUCUUUAUAGUUAUAAUGGCCCAUAAGCCUUUUGUGGCCUACUUGAAAUUUAAUGGAAAACUUGGGGAAAAGAUUUAGCUCCCUUCUAAUAGCACCCGACUGUCACUUGAUUUGACUGGGCAAAUUAAAGUAAAAGAACAACACCUCAAAGGUUCCUGUACCUAUAAAGAGGCUUAGAGUCUUCAGCUUCAUUUCUUUUGUUUAAGCUGUGGUUAAUAAUCGUUUGAGAAGCCUACAGUUGACUAAUUUAAUGCCAGAUUAAGAGGAACUUUCUCAUUUAAACUGGGGUGGUAAUGGUGGUGGGCUGGUCUACUGCCAGUUUUUUAUUCUAAUCAUUUUUCCCCCAGACACAUAUGUUGUCCUUGGCUAGAAAUAGCUUCUGAAGGAAUUGGCCUUGUCUCCUAAUUAUCAGAAUUUGCAUUCAGAAGAAACUCUGCCUCUGAUAGGUCCUUAAGGGUCUGGGAAAUAAAGGAUGUGAAGGGUCAGUACUUACCAAGCAUUACUUAGAAAAUUUUAGUUUACUUCCAGACCAAGUCAAAUGACUUGUCAGUGUUUCCUUGCUUCUUAUUCACCUGGGGAGAAUCUAGACCCUUCCCCUCCAUAGCUCCUUCCAGAGGAUUAAUUGGUACGAAAAGAAUAGGAUGCUCCAAAACAGGAACGUUCAUGUGCUUUUGCACAGGAAAGCAACCCACAGAAGCUGCCUCGCCCUCCCUCCAGCUGGAGUUCAGCACAGCAUUAAGAACAGUUGGUUUUCUCAGAAAAAAACAGAACAAACAAACAAACAAAAAAGUCCUGGGUCAACCCAGUCUCACCUCCUCUUUCUUUACUUCAUUGAUAAAGUAAGUCCAGCAGACAGACAAGAAGAUUUUUGGGAUCGGUUUGUAGGGAAAAUUCCAUCUCAAAGAUCAUGAAAAUAUUUCUCAAGUUGGUGUUUUUAAAGACAAUCAUUUCUUUGCCCAUUUUUAAUUUCCUUCCAGCACUCAAAAUACUGAAAAAGCAGCAUGUCGAAAUACAUCCUGUUUGAUAGAACAUCGCUCUUCCUCUUCUUCCUCUUCAUCAGUGGGUUCCCUCCCCUUCCUCCUUCUGGUGUAUAGGGUCCAUAUUUAUUUACUGCCAUUGACUGAUGAUGUGAAACCUGCACAUGAUGUUAUUCCCACCUUCCCUUCUAUACAAACAUAAAGCAUCCGGGGUAACCAUAACCAACUGGAUGUUAUUUAUUAACCCAUUCAGAAAUAAUGUUUUGGUCUAAUCUGUGCUUGUCCUCUUUGAAACUGAAAUGUGAGCCACGGUCCUGUGAAUUGUUUUGUUCUCAUCCCCAUCUUGUAGAUAUCGUGUGACCGACGCCUAUAUAAUAUUACUACUAAUAAAAGAAAAAGGAUCUCCUGUGGAUGUAAUGUACAUUUUGAAAUGAUAGAAGUCUAUUAGCUUUGUAUCAUGUAUGGGAUAACCCACCAGUGUCCAUAGCUCCAUUACCUUUAUGUACUCAGCAAAGAGAGAGAGGCUCUUUCCCGACCUGAAACGUUUGGGUUCCCCGCCGCCAUGUUUGCUUCCUGGAUGCAUUAAGAUUUUGGACCCCCGGCUGAUCUCGAAACUCUUAACUUACAUGGAACAAGAGGUUUUUGCAUUCCUUUUAAACAUUUGGUAGCGACAGCUUGCUGAUGUUCAGGUCAACUGUUCACUAAGGAAAAAAAUAUUGUAAUAUAUAUUUUUUUGUAAAUAUACUCUACACAAUGAAAUGUGUGAUUGGUCUCAGACGUUUGUAAUAUAUAUCUAUUAAAAAGCUCAAACAGUA